GAAUAGUUUUUAUAUGAACAAAUACUCGAGAUUCAUUAGAUGAAAUGAUAAACAACAUUAAAAGUGCAAACAAAGAACGAUUCAUCAAAAAUUCACACCUUCAAUUCUUGCUUAUUCAAAUGACGUAAACUUCUUUCGACCUCAAACAUUCAGACUGGAUAGUUGAAAAAAUACCAACCAUAUAGAUAUAAAAAGCUUGCUAAUAAGAGAAUUAUUCAGUACCAAAAAUGAAGUGGUCCGUUUUAGUGUGUGCUGUGGCCGUUCUAGGCUAUGCGGUUACGGUCGAAUCAAGAACUUUGGGAGUUCAGAGACAAUACCGGGAAAAAAGAAAUCCCCAUGAGAAACAUGGAAGUCCAGUGUUAGGCGGUGGCCUCGGAGGCGGAGGUGGUUUCGGAGGUGGAGGAGGAGGAGGAUUUGGUGGAGGUUCCGGAGGAGGAUUUGGAUUUGGUGGAGGCGGAGGCGGUGGACUAGGAGGUGGUGGUGGAUUUGGCAAAGGCGCUGGUCUGGGUGGAGGAGGUGGUGGCGGUGGAGGAGGAGGCGGAGGGUUUGGAGGAGGAGGCGGAGGUGGAUUUGGUGGCGGAAGUGGAGGAGGGUUUGGAUUUGGAGGUGGUAAAGGCGGUGGUUUAGGAGGGGGAGGCGGUAAAGGAGGUGGCUUAGGAGGAGGUGAAGGAUUCGGAGGUGGCGGUGGUGGAGGAAGUGGAGGAGGAUUUGGAGGUGGUCAAGGUGGCGGAAAAGGUGGAGGAUUCGGUAAAGGGGGAGGCAGUGAAUUUGGAGUUGUACCACUUACUGAGGUGAUUCAACAAAAUGGAGGAAAUCACGGAGAGCAUCAUGGAGGACAUCAUGGAGGACACCACGGACACCAAGGACAUCACGGGGAACAUCACCAUGGCGGAGGCUUCGGUGCAUACGCUCAAUCAUCAGCACAGGCAUCAGCCGGCUCACAUGGAAAGUAACCCAUCAGAAAA